GACCUUAGGUUUGAUUCGGUAUCGGCUGGAAAGCUCCGAUGAGCCCGAGCUCGAGGAGGCUGGAAUUUCGGUUUUGAAAUAAAAAUAAAAAUGUUCAUAUUUUGCAAACCAAAUUUUUUCUCGAUUUGCCCCACCUUUAAUUUGAAGUCUCUGUUCUAACUUUUGCAACUCAGUGUCCAUCGCUAGAGCUCUCUCUCUCUCUCUCUCUCUCUCUCUCUCUCUCUCUCAUGGCUGGUGUCUACGCCCCGCUCCGCCCCCAACCACCAUCCUCCGGCCACCACCAGGCCUUUGCCGCGAAGCUCCUUCUUCUCCUUACUCUGCUCCCCCUCGGCCUCGCUGUCUUCGCCUUCGUCCUUCAAUGGCGCGGCGGCGUCAGCGAUCCCGCGACGCGGUGGUCCGCCGACUCCCACAAGUUCCCCGGCAUGGACAGCUCUCCUCCCACAACCGCUGCUGCCGCUAUCGGCCACUCAUCGUCAUCUGACUGCACCCUCUUCCCCAGCGGGUUGUCGCCAUCGUUCCCCUACUAUCGAGAUUGGAAGUUCAAUUACGAGUCUGAUCUCAAGCCCAAGAUAUGCAUUACGACUAGUACGUCAGCUGGUUUAGAGCAGAUUCUACCAUGGAUGUACUAUCAUAAAGUUCUAGGGGUUACAACCUUUUUCCUUUUUGUGGAAGGGAAGGCUGCAUCGCCUAAUAUAUCCAAAGUCCUGGAAUCUAUUCCUGGAGUAAAAGUGGUAUACAGAACCAGAGAGCUAGAGGAGCAGCAGGCUAAAAGCCGGAUAUGGAAUGAAACAUGGCUGUCAAGUUUCUUUUACAAGCCUUGCAACUAUGAACUAUUUGUGAAGCAAUCACUUAACAUGGAGAUGGCUAUUGUCAUGGCAAGGGAUGCUGGUGUAGAUUGGAUAAUUCAUCUCGACACUGAUGAGUUGAUACACCCAGCAGGAGCUCAGGAGUAUUCUUUGCGGCGUUUGCUGCUUGAUGUGCCUGGGAAUGUGGAUAUGGUUAUCUUUCCAAACUAUGAGAGUAGUAUUGAACGAGAUGAUAUCAAGGAACCUUUUAGUGAGGUGUCAAUGUUCAAGAAGAACUAUGACCAUCUUCCAAAGGACACAUACUUUGGCAUGUACAAAGAAUCAACCCGUGGUAAUCCAAAUUAUUUUUUGACUUAUGGAAAUGGGAAAGCAGCUGCACGAAUUCAAGAUCAUCUCCGUCCCAAUGGUGCACACAGAUGGCACAAUUAUAUGAAAACCCCCAAUGAGAUUAAAUUGGAAGAGGCUGCUGUUCUACAUUACACAUACACCAAAUUUUCAGACUUGACUUCUAGACGUGAUCGGUGUGGUUGCAAGCCUACUAAGGAGGAUGUCAAACGAUGCUUCAUGUUGGAAUUUGAUAGAUCUGCUUUUAUAAUUGCUUCAACUUCAACCGACGAGGAAAUGCUAAGCUGGUACCGUGAACAUGUUGUAUGGACUGACAAGUCACUAAAUAUCAAACUGCUGAAGAAGGGCAUUUUAACUCGCAUAUAUGCUCCAAUGGCCAUCAUUCAAGGUUUAAAGGAGUCAGGUGUUUUUAGUUCUAUCAUUGCAUCUGCCUCAACUGCUCUCUCAAAGGACAAGUUUCUAAUGUCCAUUGACAUUAAUAACUCAUCUUCAGCUGCUGCCUCAAAAUCACUUCCCUCAAGAAAGUUUUCCAAAAGCAGAGUGUCUGAGGCAAUUGCAAGAAGGGUAUUGGAAAUUUCAGAUAUUGCAUCUGAUAAAGCAGCUGUUCCACCAUUGUCUCCCCCUGGCAUGGAUGAGGUCCACACCGUAGAAGAAUAGAUCUCCUAACUUCAUUGCUGCUAUUGCUUCUCCUUCUUCCUCUUCAGUGGUGGGUGAGAGAUUUUGAAUUCCUAUAUGCUGUGGUGGGAAGAAUUCAGGAGAGAAGAAAGAGAAAGCAAGCAUGCUGUUGGGGUUUUAUUCAUGUUACUGUUUUAUGGGUUCUUCCCGAUCCUUACCCAAGCGCUGGUGUAUAUGAAGAGAGAGUUCCAGUUCAGUUGUUUUCAGGUUGGCACCUGCAUUGGCUUCAACUGGAAAUCUUGGUCUUCCAUUGUUGUGUGUAUAGAUGAAAUUGUGUUAACAUGGCAUGGGGUUCAAUUGAUCAUUGUUCAUUUUGUAAAACUCGCUGGAUAUUUCUUAACCAGUUAAUACAUCGACCCUUGCCUUGAAA